UGGGCGCCGCGUCCGCGGCACUCGCGGCCAGCUGAGCCCCAGGAGUAAACACGGGGCUUCUCCGGCCGAGUGCGCAGUGUGGUGACCGGCACUCGCCUCGCUGACCCAUCGCACCGGAGGAAUAUUUCGGGAGACUCCUGUGGGAAGCAGCCACGGAAAGACAGAAGAUGAAAGCUCCUAUUCCCAACUUGAUUCUCUUGUAUGCUACUCUGACUCAGAGCUUGAAGGUUGUAACCAAAAGGGGAUCAGCUGAUGGAUGCACUGACUGGUCUGUGGAUUACAAGAAAUAUCAAGUUCUAGUGGGAGAACCUGUUCGUAUAAAAUGUGCACUCUUUUAUGGAUAUAUUAGAGCUAAUUACUCCCUAGCCCAAAGUGCUGGACUUAGUUUGAUGUGGUACAAAAGCUCUGGACCUGGAGAUUUUGAGGAGCCUAUAGCUUUUGAUGGAACCAGAAUGAGCAAAGAAGAAGACUCCAUUUGGUUCAGACCAACAGUGGUACAAGACAGCGGGCUCUAUGCAUGUGUUAUAAGAAACUCAACCUACUGCAUGAAAGUGUCCAUUUCGCUGACGGUGGGUGAAAAUGACACUGGACUCUGCUACAAUUCAAAGAUGAAAUAUUUUGAAAAAGCUGAACUUAGCAAAAGCAAGGAAAUCUCAUGUCCUGAAAUUGAGGAUUUUUUAUUUCCAUUUAGGGAGCCUGAAAUUCUGUGGUAUAAGGAAUGCAAGACAAAGACAUGGAGAUCAAGUAUUGUGUUUAAAAAGGACACUCUUGUCAUUCGGGAAGUUAGAGAGGAUGACAUUGGAAAUUACACUUGUGAGCUAAAAUAUGGAUUCUUUGUUGUCAGAAGAACUACAGAGUUGACAGUUACAGCACCACUAACAGAUAAACCACCAAAGCUUUUACACCCCUUGGAGAGUAAGCUAACAAUUCAGGAGACCCAGUUAGGCAGUUCUGCUAAUCUAACCUGCAGAGCUUUCUUUGGAUACAGUGGAGACGUCAGUCCUUUAAUCUACUGGAUGAAAGGGGAGAAGUUCAUUGAAGAUUUGGAUGAUAGUCGAGUCUGGGAAAGUGACAUUAGGGUUCUCAAGGAACAUCUCGGGGAGCAGGAGGUUUCCAUCUCAUUGAUUCUUGACUCAGUGGAAGAGGCAGACCUGGGAAAUUACUCCUGCUAUGUUGAGAAUGGGAAUGGACGCCGGCAUGCCAGUAUUCUUCUACACAAAAGAGAGUUGAUGUACACAGUUGAGCUUGCUGGUGGGCUUGGUGCUAUUCUGCUGCUGCUUGUUUGUUUAGUGACUAUCUACAAGUGUUACAAGAUAGAGAUUAUGCUCUUCUACAGAAAUCAUUUUGGAGCUGAAGAACUAGAUGGAGACAACAAAGACUAUGAUGCAUAUCUAUCUUAUACCAAAGUGGAUCCUGACCAGUGGAAUCAAGAAACUGGAGAGGAAGAAAGAUUUGCUCUUGAGAUUCUACCAGAUAUGCUGGAAAAGCAUUAUGGAUACAAGUUGUUCAUACCAGACAGAGAUUUGAUUCCCACAGGAACCUACAUUGAAGAUGUGGCAAGAUGUGUAGACCAAAGCAAGCGACUGAUCAUCGUCAUGACUCCAAGUUAUGUGGUAAGAAGAGGUUGGAGCAUCUUUGAACUGGAAACAAGGCUUCGAAAUAUGUUAGUCACAGGAGAAAUCAAAGUGAUACUGAUUGAGUGCAGUGAACUCCGAGGAGUUAUGAACUACCAGGAGGUUGAGGCCCUAAAACAUACCAUCAAGCUCCUCACUGUCAUUAAAUGGCACGGACCAAAAUGCAACAAGUUGAAUUCCAAGUUCUGGAAACGUUUACAGUACGAAAUGCCUUUUAAGAGGAUUGAACCCAUGACAAACGAGCAGGUUUUAGAUGUCAGUGAGCAGGGGCCCUUUGGGGAACUGCAGACAGUCUCCGCAAUUUCCAUGGCCGCUGCCACCUCCACUGCUCUUGCCACUGCCCAUCCAGACCUGCGCUCCACCUUUCAUAACACAUAUCAUUCACAGAUGCGCCAGAAACACUAUUAUCGAAGCUAUGAAUACGAUGUACCUCCUGCCGGCACCCUGCCACUUACCUCAAUAGGUAACCAGCACACCUACUGCAACAUCCCCAUGACACUUAUAAACGGGCAGCGGCCGCAGACAAAAACUAACAGGGAGCAGAACCCCGAAGAGGCUCACACAAACAGUGCCAUACUGCCCCUCUUGCCGCGGGAGACCAGUAUAUCAAGUGUCAUUUGGUGACCGACAUGCAAGGGGCUGUCAACCCCCUUGAGUAGGAGCAGAGUCUGCAGUCUGGUGCCUGGAACUACAUCCUCGACUGCUGCUGUUAAACAUGCAUUACAAUCGAUAACAAACGAGGAAAAACAGGGUCUUGUACAUAUGUUUUUGCAAUUUCUUUGUAGCAUCAGUCUUCCUGUUUUACCCAUGUCUCUUCCCAUUCACAUUUUUGACUUUGUUUUAUAUGUCAUUGGAAUUUGUAUAUUUACAUUUUUUUUUAAAUGAAGAGACUGCUGUAUAGAUAGGAAACUUUUUUGCUUCAUUAGUAUAGUUUUAGACUUUUUGUUUGUUUGUUUAUAACCUCUCUUGGGAAUGCUUGGACAAAGCUAUGUUGAUAUCAGAAGCACCAUCCAUUUUGUUGGCCUGCCUAGCUAUGCCUGCUGCAGCUCACCUCUUUUGGAGAGUUUUUGUUCUUAGAAGGACCCCAUUGCUCACCGAGAGCUCCAGUUUCAUUUCUACUCCCAUAAUGUGCACUGCUCCUUCCCUGCCCUUACAAAGACCCCCAUUUGGGGUAACACUACAGUCUGAUCAUCUAACAUGUAACUUGGUAGAUACCUGUCAAACAAGAGAAAAUACCCAAUCUGUAUCGGUUGCUUCACAGUAGUCACUAGAGUGUGUAGAAACUAUAGCCGGUUUGGUUUUUGCUUUUUUGGGUUUGUUUUCUUCUUAAUUCUUAUUUUAAGAAUGAGCUGGUUGUAUCCCUUUUAUAAAUACAAAAGCAACCCUAUUUUUAACACAUCCGGGAAAAAGUAUUAAUGUGGUUGUGGAUUUUAUUUUUUAAGCACUCAAUUUUUAUUUUUUUUUCAACUUUCAAAGUCCUGCAAAUAACAUUUGCAAAUGUCAGGCAAGUAAGACAAGUAAGGCAAUAGACACAGAAGUGCAGAGUCCUGCUGAUAUGUACAGUGAUGACUUCCAAACCAAAGGGGAAUGAAAAAGAAUGAUAAAGUAUUGUAGAUGGUUUGUCACUUUGUAUUAUAGAAAGUGUUAUUUUCAAAAAAAAAAAAAAAAG